AUGUCCCAUGCGACGACGCCUACCCAAGGCCCGUCAACAGUCGAUUGUGAAGUCUUGACGGACAUUCAUACACAAUCAAAUUUGGCCGAAGUUGAAGUAGUUAGUCUAGUACAAGAAUUAAUCCCACGUUAUCGUUUACGUGUUGAUACUGAUUUUGCUUGUUCAAACGAAGAUUUUAUCCAAACACCACGUAUUGACGGUUCAGAAUUUGAAGGUUUAACUAAUACACAAAUUCGUGGUCUACUUGAUUAUUACGCAUCAUCAAGUGAACGAAUAAGUCAAAUGACAAAAACAUAUCAUGAUAUAAGUGCUGUUACUCGCAUGUUAGAAGAUCGCGAGAAUGAUUUACAAAUGGCAGUUACUUUAGGUCAAAAUUUACUUGAAAGUAAUAAAUCUUUACGUAGUCAAGUAACAUUACUUGAACAAGAUAUUGAACAAACAACUGAAAUUGUUAAACAACUUAAACAUGAUCUAGUUCUUAAAGAACGUCUUAUUCGAUUUUAUAGUGAUCUUGAAGAAAAUGAUUUACAAUCAGCAGCAGCAAAUAAUUUUGAUGUUCAACAUUAUGAACAUAAAAUUCGAAAUCUUGAAGAUGAAAAUCAUGAAUUACGUACUGAAACUGUACAAUUAAAACUUGAUUGUGAAAAUUAUGAGCAUCAAGAACAAUCUAUAGUUGAUAAUUUUGUUAAUGCUUUAGCUCAUGCAAAUGCUGAUAUUGAUAAUUUACAACAAGAAUUAAUAAAGAAAAAUGAUGAAAAUUCUAAACAACAAGAUGAAAUUCUUCAUUUAUCAUAUGAAAUGCGUGAAAUUCAUCGUCGAUUAUGUGAAUUAAAAAAAGAAAAUGAAGAAUUAAAAAAUCUUCUAUUAAUCAGUGGAAAAAAUCGACAAGAAUACGAAACAAAAAUUCAACAAUUAGAAAAAAAUUAUAGUGAAUGUCUAGAUAAACUUCAUAAAAGUCAAUUUGAAGUUAAUAAUUUACAACAAAAAUUACUUAAUAUAUCACCAUCAUCAUCUAUAUCAGAUUUAUCAUCACAUCAUAAUACAGUAUUUUUAUCUCCUAUUGAAUAUGCAAAUUUUAUGGGUUUGGAACAUUCACUUAAAUCUGAACUUGAAGAAAUUCUUGAAGAUCCAAAUCAACUUUGUCCUCCAACUAUAAAUACGAAUGAAAAAAUUAAAAAAAUUAAAAAAAGUUUUCGUAGAAAAAUAAUACGAGAACAAAGUGAUACCGAUGGAGAAUCAACUAUCAAUGAUUCAGCAUUUAGUGAUACAGAAAGUUUGAGCAGAUCAUCAUCUACUUAUCAAAUUGAACAGCGAAUACCAUCUGGAGUUUCAUCCAGAUUAAGACUUGUUAAACGAUUUGAGGGAUCAAAUAUGUUAAAACGUUGGCAACAAUUAGCUGAGCCAAGUCUUUCAUCAUGUCUUCAAACAAUGCCCGGUGUUUAUACACGUGCUCAGAUAAUAUAUGAAGUUAAAGAAGAUGAUGAAGAACAAGAAGAAUCUUCGUUAAUACAAGAAAAUAAUUUCGAAUUUCCACUAAAUUCAUCUGAAACAACAACAAAUCGAUUAAAUCUUGUUGAAUUAAUAACUAAACAAGGAUUAAUGUCACGAACAGUUGAUUCAUAUGCACCCGAUCCUGAUUUAAAUGAAAAUCCACCAUUAUCACCAACACAUGGUGUUCAAAUGGAAACGAAUGCACUUUUACAUCAAGUUAUGCAACGUUUAGUUGGAAUGUCAUUACGUACAUUUGAAAAUUUAACAACAUCACUUACAUCAUCAAAUCAUUAUAAUAUUGAUGAAGAUGAUGAAAUAAAAAAUAUAGAAUUUGAACAACGAUUACCAACGAAAAAUUUAAUACAACCACCAACAUCACCAACAUUUGAUGGUCUUACAGCGCCAACACCAAAUACAGCUAUGCGUGCAAUAAAAUCAAGUACAUUUUUACAUGUUUCAUCAUUAAAUCCAUUAACAAAAGCAUUUGCUACUCGUUCGCCUGGCGAUGUACCAUCGAUAGUUAGUGAUUUUCUUCGAAGUAUUCCACGUAUUGAUCGUUAUGAACGAGCUUUACGUCAUGAUUUAGAUCCUCCUACUCGCGUUUUAGAAUUGAUCAAUCUCUAUUCGAACGAUCGUCAAGUUACUCAUUGUAUUUGGCGUGAUUAUACAUUAUGA